UGAAAAAAAGAGGAAAAUUAAUACUAAAAAUAUACAUACAUUCGUGAUAAAAGGUGUGUGCAAAAACUGUGCCACCAAAUUUCAAAAAAAAAAAAAACAAAGGAAUAAAAAGAAAUAAAGGAAGAAGAAACCUGUGCAGUGUAGUUGCUGGAAUGAAAAACAUAUAAAUACAUAUUAACAAAUUAAAGAGAGUACAAGUGUAUAGUGAAAAAGAAACAAGCAAGAAAUACUUACAUACAAAUACAUAUAUUGUGUGCAUAAGGAAGCGGUGGCAGUGUUAACACACACAAAAAUUCCUACCAAAGCGUUUGAACAGUUUCGUGACAAAAUAAUAAUUAUUAAAGUGCCGGUCUAACGCUAAUGUAAAAAAAAAACGCUAAAACCGCAAUUGCCACUAAGUGUCCGUUGUGUCAAAAGUGCCGUGUCCAGUGCCGCAAUAGAGGAAAACAUAACGUAACGUUUUCGUCUCCAAUACUGCUACAUCUCCAUCAACGUCUACAUCACCACCAACAUUGCCGCUGCGUCAACACCAUCAUCGCCGCUGCUACGCUGCGUCAACGCUACCAAACCGCUGCUGCCAUCGUCACCGCUGCCAUCAACCCACCGCUGCUGCCAUCAACGCCGCUACCGUCGCGGGAAUGAGCUGCCACUGCAUUCUGUGCAAAAGGGAAGUGAGCGCCGGCAAACAGCCGACGCACCAGGUAACGAGUGCGGAUUAUAGAAAGUGGUGCAAACAAACGAAAAUUCAAAUAAACAACAAAGUGCACACUUUCAAUUUUUAGCUCUCCCUUUCUUCACUAUAUUGACAUUCUUACAUACGUACAUAUACAUAUAACAAUAUAUACAUAUAUUAUACAAUUGAACCCCACGUAUGUUUACAUCUAAAUGUAUAAAUUUGAAGUGAAUCAAAGGGAUUUUGGGAUUUCGCGGUAGCCCUUUAUUUUGAAAUAAAGGUGAAAAAAUUAUUAAUUACAAAAUUAAAUUAUCUCGUUUUUCCCAAUUUUUUUCGAUCCGCGUUUGCAAGUAUCGGUGUUUUUUCACAAUUUUUGUCGAUUUUCGGUCGGACAUUUUCCGAUUAAAUUAAUUCUUUGUGCUAUUGCUCAUUUUGCGCAUUUAUUGGUUUGGCUUUCGUAUACUUGAGAAUCGAUAUUAUUUUUUUCUCGUUUUCGUAACCGAUUCCAAAUAUAUUUGUUGCCAGCUUUUAUUGCUAUUGGUUUGGCUUUCGUAUAUUUGGGAAUCGACAUUUCAUUUUUCGUUUUCAUUAUCGAUUCAUGAUAUAUCUGUUGCCAACCGUUAUAGUCUUUUUUCGGAAAUUUAAUUAAAACAAGCAAAAAUGAGCAAGCCAAAGCCAACUAUCGCCAACCUCUCUCCAAGUAAGGAGUUGAUCGACUUAAAGUCGUUAAAGCGUCAAAGGACGGUGGCGAAAAAUAGUAUUUUGCGAAUAAAGACGGGCCUUUUAGAAAAAACUAUGUCGUUAGAUCCAAUUGAAUUGGAAUGUCGGCUGGACAUAUUAAAUUCACAUAGUGAAAAGCUAAUGAAAUGCCAAUCUAAAAUUGAAGAAAUUGAUGAAGACGACAUGGCCCGAGGGGAGUUAGAGGACAUAAUUGUUGAAACGAAAUCAAUAAUUAAAAAUAUUUUAGCCAAAAAUAGAACGUCAAUUAUCGAAACAUCUUUUGUAGCUUCUCACAGCUCAAGGCUCCCUAAAAUGAAUUUGCCGAAAUUCAAGGGAGAAUAUUCCGAAUUCAAAAAUUUUAUGAGUUUGUUCGAGAGCUUGGUUCAUAAUGAUCCAAAUAUCCCAGAUAUUUAACCAUUUGGUAAAUUGUCUAUCUGGAGAGGCUUUGGGAACAGUUAAAGCGUUUCAGAUGUCGGAUGAAAAUUACCCGAAAGCGUUGGCAAGUCUCAAAAAAGUGUAUUAUAAUAAAUGUUUGAUAUUCUUCAAUACAAUAUCUAAACUUUUUGAGCUGCCAACCAUCCCAAAGCCAUCCGCUCCUUCAUUGCGAUCAAUGAUUGACGAAGUGCUAGCGAUGUAUGACUCAUUGCUUUCGCUGGGCGAUGAGAAACAUAUAACAAACGCUAUUAUUAUACACAUAGUGAUGACAAAGGUCGACUCAGCUACCAGAUCCAAAUGGGAGGAACAGCUGGAUUAUGACAAGCUACCACUGUGGAAAGAAUGUGAAGCCACCCUAAAUCGAAGAUUCCAGCAGCUAUCAGCAGAAGGAGCAUCAAAUUCAAGGACGAAGCCCAUACCAACAGGCAGUGCGAGUCAUGGAAAACAACAACAUAUGGACAGGACCAAAUCGGCGCUAGUUGCAGCAAAUACGAGGCAGUCUCUUUGUCUGCAGUGCAAAUCCAAGGACCACUAUUUGACUGCCUGCCCCACUUUCAAGGCGCUUCCGGUGCAGCAGAGGUUCGAGUUCGUCAAAUCGGUACCCUUAUGCAUAAAUUGCUUGCGUAAGGGACAUACCGUUUCCAAAUGCAGAGCGGAUCGAUGUCGUGUGUGCAAUCGAUCGCAUCACACACUGUUGCACCAAUAUCCAGUGUCUUUCCCAGCUGCACCUCAUCCGCAACCAUCCACCACACAUGCCAUGCAUACUGCGAGUAUGCCGGAUCGGGUAAUGUUGGCAACAGCAGUCAUUUUAAUGAGGACCAGCUGUGGAGAUUACCUGCCUGCGAGAGCUUUGCUGGACUCAGGCUCCCAGGUCAACUUUUUAUGACGGAGGACUUGGCACAGAAGUUGCGGAUUCGACGUCAGCACAAAACAUUAAGCGUAAUUGGAAUUGGCAAUUCCAAUACAAAAGUGGGGUCAAAACUAAACGCGUUUGUCAAGUCGCGGUUAAAUAAUUUUGAACUUUCGGCGGAGUUCUGGGUAAUGCGAUGCAUUUCGGCAAAUCAUCCAUACCAUAACAUCAAUGUUAAUGGCUGGAAAAUUCCGCACAAUAUUGAAUUGGCGGAUCCUGAAUUCCAUAAAUCUAAAAAAGUCCUAUUGGGUGCUGAAACAUUUUUCGACCUUUUAGCUGUUGGCCAAAUUAAAAAUGGUCCUAACCAACCAACACUUCAGAAAACCCUUUUAGGAUGGAUUGUAUCAAACGCAAAUACGUCCCAGAUUACAUAGCACAUUAUGCAAAGCUGAAGAAGACUUCACGUCAAUAGAUUCAGUAGUCCAAAAAUGUUAGGCUCUAGAAGAAUUACCUUCAGAAUCGAAUGACAUUAGAUUCACACAAGAGCAACAAGAGUGUGAAAAAAUUUUCGUAAAUACAACUCAAGUAUUGCCUUCAGGACGGCUUCAAGUCAGAAUGCCUUUUAAAGCUGACCAUAAGUUACUCGGUCAUUCAUAUGAAACGUAUUGUAGUUGAUGCCUCGAGUCGAUCUUCAACUCAAAUGGCGUUGAAUGAACUUUUGACGGAAGGUCCAACCAUCCAAGAAGAAUUAUAUUCAACUCUUCUUCGUUUUCGAUUACAUAAGUAUGCACUAACAGCGGACAUUACUAAAAUGUACCGUCAAAUAAUUAUGCAUGAAGAAGACAGAAAUUGUCAACUUAUUGUGUGGAGAGAGCAUCCUUCUGAGCAAAUUCAAAUUUUUCGUCUUAACACCGUAACAUACGGCACUGCGCCUGCUCCAUUUCUCGCAACACGGUGUUUGCAAAUGCUCAGUGAUGCCAAUACGAUGAAAUAUCCACUCGGUUCAUUGGCCAUCAAAAGAGACUUUUAUGUUGAUGAUUUAUUAACAGGGUCCGAAAAUUUUGAGUCUCUAGAUCUUUUGAGAAGUGAGGUAAUUAAAAUAUUAAACUCGGCAGGAUUCACCUUAACGAAGUGGUUUUCGAACCACCCUAAAUUUUUCGACAGUGAUUGCACUGAAAAGUCAUUAAGCUUCAAUGACAAAAGUUCCACUAAAACGUUAGGAAUCCAUUGGUUGCCGAAAGAGGAUUUGUUUCGAUUUGUUUUAGAUGACAAUUUUAAUGAUCUGCGAGCCACUAAACGAAACAUAUUGUUAGUUUCUGCUCGCCUUUUUGAUCCUCCACUAGUUACCAAAGCAAAAAUCUUAUUGCAAGAGCUUUGGAUCCAAAAACUAGAUUGGGAUGAAUUGAUUUCAUUGCGCCUUGACACUAGCUGGCAGAACUUUAAAGCCAACCUAAUGCAGCUCUCAUCGAUAAGCAUUCCUCGCUACGUAAACGUUGAGUCGAGUGCCAUGUGCCAAAUACAUGGCUUCUCCGACGCCUCCGGGCGUACGGAUGCUGCAUAUACAUACGAAGCCAAUCUGCUAAUGGUAUUAAAUGCAUGCUGCUUACUGCAAAGUCUAGAGUGGCUCCGCUGAAGACCAAAUCUCUUCCGCGUCUCGAGCUCUCGGCAGCACAUCUUCUUUCGAAAUUAUGGUUAAGAGUAGCGCCUAUGUUGAGUCGACAUUUCGAAAAUAUUACAUUUUGGACAGACUCUGAAAUCAUUUUACAUUGGAUUAAAACACAUCCAUCUUCACUACAAACCUUCGUCGCAAACAGAGUGUCCGAAAUCCAAGAGUUGACUGACGAAGUACAUUGGCGGCAUUUACCAACAAAACAAAACUCUUCGGAUCAAGUGUCUCGGGGUUGUAACGUGGACAAAUUGAAUAAUUCAAUAUGUUUUCGCAGUCCACAGGUCCUAGAAGACCCUGCAUUAUGGCCAAUUAAUAACCAGCUCUCACCAGAAGACGAAGUAUUAGAGAAAAAGAAAACUGCAUUUACAUUAAUUUCGACUGCUGAGAAAAAUUCAAUAUUGGACCUCAUUGAAAAAUUCUCUUCUCAUAAAAAAUUGCUUCGUGUGAUCGCAUAUAUAUUACGAUGGAUCAGGCGACCACCAAAAUCCUCCAGGGGACAAGAUCUGACUUCAGAAGAGCUAAACUUGAGUUUUCUAAAAAUUGCACAGGUGGUCCAACAUUCAGAAUUUUCUGAUGUUAUUCAAAAAUUGCAUAAAGGUACUACGCUACCCGCAAACUUGCAAAAACUCAACCCAUUUUUGCAUGAGUACUCUGAUAUGUCGCUGUCAUUCAAAUUAAUCCGAGUAGGAGGUCGCCUAUUAAAUGCACCUCUCCCAUACGAUGCCAAAUUUCCGCUUUUAUUAAAUAAAGGUUCGCACUUCGUUAUAACGUAUUUACGAUUCCUGCAUAUUCGAAAUCACCACGCUGGGGCUAAAGCGUUGGUUGCGCUUCUUCGAGAACGCAUAUGGCUAAUUAAUGCCCGAGAAGCUUGCAGUAGAACCGUAAGAAACUGUAUACAUUGUUUUCAUUACAAGCCGAAGUUGCAAAACCAAAUAAUGGGAAAUUUGCCAGUCGAAAGACUUCGAGCACUACGACCCUUUCUUAUAUGUGGCGUAGAUUUUUGUGGUUCGAUAUACACAACGUUAAAAAUACGCGGUCGACCACCCGUUUGCUUUACUUCCAAAGCAGUACAUUUAUAAUUAGUUUCGGAGCUAUCUUCUAAUUCAUUUAUUCUCACCCUAAAAAGGUUCAUUGGUCGCCGAGGAAUGCCGACGAAGAGAUUCAGCGACAACGCCACCAAUUUCGUCGGCGCCGACCGCUAGCUGUGCGAAUUGAAGGAGGCGUUUCUAGCAAUGGGUCCAGACCUGAAGAGAUUCGCAGCAGACGAAGGGUGCAGCUUCAUCUUUAUACCACCACGGGCGCCGCACUUCGGCGGAUUAUGGGAAGCCGCGAUGAAGUCCGCCAAACACCACAUCGUUCGAGUAACCGGCAACGCGCUACUCAGAGCAGAGGAGUUAGCAACAGUGUUGGCCGAAGUGGAGGCCAUCCUCAACUCUCGCCCCCUAGUACCUCUGAGCCAAGAUCCCAACGACGGCGAGGCGUUCACACCAGCGCAUCUUCUAAUAGGAUGCUCCCUGCGGGCAUUACCCCCAGAGAAGGUGCCAGUGGACCCAGUUCAUUGUUGCGAGAGAUGGCAACUUGUUUGCUGUCUCAAGAAACAGUUCUGGCGACAGUGGUCCCAAGUAUACCUGACGGGCCUUCAGGAGCGCAACAAGCGGCUGCACCCCAAACGCAAUAUGCAGCUAAACGACCUCGUUCUCAUCCACGAGCACAACGUGCCGCCGCAACAGUGGGUACUAGGGCGCGUCGUCGCAACCGUCGAAGGGCAAGAGCGCAAGGUGCGAGUCGCAGACAUAGCAACCAAGACGGGCACAAUUAGGCGUCCCAUACAGAAACUGGGCGUGCUUCCACUGGAUAUUGAAGGAAUCUGAUCCUGUCAAGGUGGCCGGUGUUGCGUCAAGCGACAAUAUAUAUAUAUUUAAACCUAAAAUUAAGAAUAUUGAAUUAUAAAAAUUAUAAAAUAUUGAAUUGUUAAAAAAUUAAAUUAAGAAAAUCUAUUAUAAAAUACUUACUACUACUCUACUACUUACCAUAAUCUGUUACAAUAUUGAAAGAAAGUUGAAGAUGAUUAUACUUACCCCUUUUAAUACAUAUUUAUAUUACAACUAGCUUAAGCCGUUAGUUUUAAGAUUUAGGCUUAGCAAUUAGAUUAAGUGAAAUAUAGAUUUCUAUUGUAAUUGAACCGUAUAACCCAACGCACGCCUUUUUCGUAACUCGCAAUUAAUAAGUCUUUUUCGCGACAGGUGAUUGGGGUGAUUUAAAAUUGCGCAUCCCUAACUAUUUAUCGUGUUUCAAAAGCGCUUGAAACUUUUCACCUUCUAUGCAUGAUAUGGUCUGAUGGAAGCCUGUCCGAUAAUUUGAACCUAAGUGUGCUCUGCACAAAAAGGAAGAUCGCACACACAGGACAACUACCGUGGGAUAAGCCUCCCAUAUAUACAUACAUACAAGGUUAUAUCGAACGAGUUAUAUCGUCACAUCAACCCCCACCAAAACCCAGAAGACACUAAUAAAACAAUAACAACAAAUCAUUAAAUUUAUUUUCUUAUUGUACUUUAUUAUUUUUAUUGACUCAUCAAAUUUAAAACAUUGCAACAAUUGUAAUUGAUACUUACUUCCUGUUUACCAAAUUUUAUACAAUACAGGAUCAUUAUUAUUCUUAGGAGAGAAUUGAAUUGUAGAAAUAUUCGAUAUAAUUCGGACAUUAUGCCUCUAAGCGAUAAAAGCUUCAUGCAAAAUUUCCGCCUCAAUAAGCAUGAAUUUUUAUAUGGUCGCUGAAAGGACCACAUCAAUUCCAGAAAUUGUAAAACUGUCAACAACCUUGAAGUUUCUCGCACAGGGCGGGUAUCAACACUCGGUCGGCCAAGAUAGGCAUUCAGGGCUAGCCCAACAAUCGGUUUCCCGAUGCAUCUUGGAAGUCUGCGGUGCCAUCGAGAAAACUCUGUGCCCAAAGCAUAUCAUGUUUCCCUUGACCAUUGAGGAAAAAAUUGAAGCAAAUAGAACCUAUUACUUGACGUCCGGAAUUCCAAGCGUAAUUGAAGUGAUUGAUGGGACGCACAUCCAGUUGAUACGACCAUCAUGUAAUGAACACUUAUU